AUGGCGGAGCGCGGCCAGCAGCCUCCUGCUAAACGGCUUUGCUGCAGACCAGGCUUCAGCUCGGCUUGCAGGCCCGGGCAGCGGACGGGCGGAGCCUCCUGCGGGGCCAGCGGCUCCUCCCACGGCCUGUCCGGCAAGACACAGAACCCGGAGUCCCUGCUGGACAUCGCGGCCCGCAAGGUGGCCGAGAAGUGGCCCUUCCAGCGGGUGGAGGAGCGCUUCGAGAGGAUCCCGGAGCCCGUCCAGCGCCGCAUCGUCUACUGGUCCUUCCCCCGGAGCGAGAGGGAGAUCUGCAUGUACUCGUCCUUUAACACUGGUGGGGAGGACGGGGCCCCCGGAGCGGUAGGGGCCCCGGGAGGAAACAACGGGGGAGCCGUCACCACAGCGGCAGGCUCGGCCUCGGUCACUGCCCCAGCGGCCGUGGCAGCAGCAGCAGCAGGCGGGGAGAGCAGCGACGAGAACAGGCUGCCCUUCCGCCGGGGCAUCGCUCUCCUGGAGGGCGGCUGUGUGGACAAUGUCCUGCAAGUGGGUUUCCAUUUGAGUGGCACAGUGACAGAGCCUGCAAUGCAGUCAGAGCCAGAAAUUGUUUGCAAUGUAGCCAUCAGCUUUGAUCGUUGCAAGAUUACCUCAGUGACCUGCAGCUGUGGAAACAAGGACAUCUUUUAUUGUGCUCAUGUCGUUGCACUCUCAUUAUACCGCAUCCGCAAGCCGGACCAGGUGAAACUACAUCUUCCUAUUUCAGAGACCCUCUUUCAAAUGAACAGAGACCAGCUGCAGAAAUUUGUACAGUAUUUGAUCACAGUUCACCACACAGAGGUCUUGCCUACCGCUCAGAAACUAGCAGAUGAAAUUCUGUCACAGAACUCUGAAAUAAAUCAAGUUCAUGGUGCUCCAGACCCUACAGCAGGUGCCAGUAUAGAUGAUGAAAAUUGUUGGCACUUGGAUGAAGAGCAAGUUCAGGAACAAGUGAAAUUAUUUCUGUCACAGGGUGGAUACCACGGAUCGGGAAAGCAACUCAACUUGCUGUUUGCAAAGGUGCGAGAGAUGUUAAAGAUGAGGGACUCCAAUGGAGCUCGAAUGCUGACAUUGAUAACUGAGCAGUUUAUGGCUGACCCUCGGCUUUCGUUAUGGAGGCAACAAGGCACUGCAAUGACUGAUAAGUACAGGCAGCUUUGGGAUGAAUUAGGUGCCCUGUGGAUGUGCAUAGUUUUAAAUCCCCAUUGCAAGGCAGAACAGAAGGCCAGUUGGCUGAAACAGCUGAAAAAAUGGAACAGUGUUGAUGUUUGUCCCUGGGAAGAUGGGAACCAUGGAAAUGAGCUGCCUAAUUUAACCAAUGCUCUGCCUCAGGCUGGAAAUGGCAACCAGGAUUCCUCGCACAGGCCUCAUCGAACAGUGUUCACACGAGCCAUCGAGGCCUGUGAUCUCCACUGGCAAGAUAGCCACUUGCAGCACAUUAUUAGCAGUGACCUUUAUACCAACUACUGUUACCAUGACGACACUGAAAAUUCGCUCUUUGACUCCCGCGGGUGGCCCCUGUGGCAUGAGCACGUCCCAACGGCUUGUGCAAGAGUGGAUGCUCUAAGGUCACAUGGAUACCCACGAGAGGCCCUUCGACUUGCAAUAGCCAUAGUCAACACACUAAGAAGGCAGCAUCAGAAAAGAAUGGACAUUUUUCGUAUUCAAAAGAAAGAACUUUUGCACAAAGGUUUGACCUCCAUAACGAAUUUGGAAGGCUGGGUGGGCCACCCUUUGGAUCCUAUUGGUACGCUGUUUAGUAGCCUUAUGGAAGCAUGCAGGGUGGAUGAAGAGGGAUUCCAUGGCUUUUCUGACUUUCCAGAUGGGUUUGGGCAUUGCAAAUCUAUGGAAUACCAACAUCUGCCUCCCCACAAAUUCCUAGAAGAAGGGGAAUCCUACCUAACGCUGGCUGUGGAGGUUGCCUUGAUUGGCCUGGGACAGCAGCGAAUAAUGCCAGAUGGCUUGUAUGCACAAGAGAAAGUUUGUCGGAAUGAGGAGCAACUUAUUUCUAAGCUGCAAGAAAUUGAAUUAGAUGAAACGCUGGUAAAAAUCUUUCGAAAGCAAGCAGUCUUCCUCUUAGAAGCUGGCCCAUACAGUGGUUUGGGCGAAAUUAUCCAUCGAGAGAGUAUUCCAAUGCACACAUUUGCCAAGUAUCUCUUCACCUCCCUCCUACCUCAUGAUGCUGAAUUGGCAUACAAAAUUGCACUGAGAGCAAUGAGGUUGCUAGUGCUGGAGACCACGGCUCCGACAGGAGAUAUGUCCCGCCCACACCACAUUGCCUCAGUUGUUACUAACCGUUAUCCCCGCUGGUUUACCCUAAGUCAUAUUGAGAGUCAACAGUGUGAGUUGGCGUCUACUAUGUUGACAGCAGCCAAAGGUGAUGUUAGGAGACUGGAGACAGUGUUAGAGUCCAUCCAGAAGAACAUCCACUCCUCAUCACACAUAUUUAAACUUGCACAAGAUGCAUUUAAAAUAGCAACGUUAAUGGACAGCUUACCAGACAUAACGCUUCUCAAAGUAUCUCUGGAACUAGGCCUUCAGGUAAUGCGAAUGACGUUGUCCACAUUAAAUUGGAGACGGCGUGAAAUGGUUAGAUGGUUGGUAACAUGUGCAACUGAAGUAGGUGUAUAUGCACUGGACAGCAUCAUGCAAAGUUGGUUUACGCUCUUCACUCCUACAGAGGCCACUAGUAUUGUUGCAACAACAGUAAUGUCAAACAGCACCAUUGUCCGCUUGCACCUGGACUGCCAUCAACAAGAAAAACUGGCAGGCAGUGCUAGGACGCUUGCACUCCAGUGUGCUAUGAAGGACCCUCAAAACUGUGCCCUUUCAGCACUUACCUUAUGUGAAAAGGAUCACAUAGCUUUCGAGACCGCUUACCAAAUUGUACUGGAUGCUGCUACGACUGGCAUGAGCUACACACAGCUUUUCACAAUAGCACGGUACAUGGAGCACCGUGGUUACCCUAUGAGGGCAUACAAACUGGCAACGUUGGCCAUGACGCAUCUUAACCUGAGUUAUAACCAGGAUACUCACCCUGCCAUUAAUGAUGUUUUGUGGGCAUGUGCUCUAAGCCACUCCCUUGGGAAAAAUGAGCUAGCAGCGAUAAUACCUCUUGUAGUCACAAGUGUCAAAUGUGCAACAGUACUUUCAGACAUUUUGCGCAGGUGCACUUUGACAACUCCUGGGAUGGUAGGACUUCAUGGACGGAGGAACUCUGGAAAGCUCAUGUCACUGGACAAAUCCCCUUUGAGACAGCUUUUGGAUGCCACAAUUGGGGCCUACAUAAACACAACACAUUCACGGCUUACACACAUCAGCCCUAGACACUACAGUGAAUUUAUAGAAUUUCUUAGCAAGGCCCGAGAGACCUUCUUAAUGGCUCACGAUGGACACAUUCAGUUUACACAGUUCAUUGACAACCUAAAACAAAUCUACAAAGGCAAAAAGAAACUGAUGAUGUUGGUUCGGGAACGGUUUGGUUGAUGACAAUGUGUGAAUGGGGUGGGGCGGGGAGGGAGGGGAAGGUUUGUUUUUACUUGAGCCUGCCUUUGUAUCCUUUUUAACUUAAGAAAAAAAAUGUCAAAACAAUACAAAAAAAAGAGCCACACCGGUAUUAUAUGUACAGUUAUAUUGCGUUUGCAAACUAAGUUGUCAUGUUGUGAAAGUUUGUGUAUCUCGAUUUUCCUUAUUUUUUUGUUUUUCCAGUUAUGUGUGUAUGAAAGAAGAGAAGUUCAAUGUUUGGUUUACACUGAGUAUAUGUUGUCAAGUGGCAAAAGCCCACAUAGCUCUCCUGUUCCUUCUGUAUAUGUUCACAGCCUCAAAGGAAAAAUCCAAUGGCUUUAAAAGAAUUCUGAAAAAAAAUGGAAAAAAAAAUCUUUUUUAAAAAACAAAACAAAAACCAAACUACAAAAAAACACCUCCAUCUUGUGACAAGUACCUCGAAUGGAUCCAGCUUUACUCCUAUAUCUCAUCCUUACACUUUACAUUUCAAUGUAUUUAAUACAAGAAAACCCCUAAAAUGACAAUAUUAGUAAACAAAAAGGCUGAUUCCGUGGCUUUUGCAAUGCUGUUCAUCUAGAAGCAUGGCACACAACGCUUGUGCACGUGGAAACUUAGCGGCUGUCAACAUACAUUCUCAGGGAUUAUCAAGAAAAAAAAAGAAAAAAAAGAAUGAGAGCAUUUAUUGUACUGUAUAUAUAUUAUAGUAUAUGUCUGAAUAUUGAAAACAAAGUAUAACAAUAACUAAUUUAUAAAAAAAAAAAAAUAUUCUAUGUAAUGCAAAAUACUUGAAGCUGCAGUAGCUUGGUUUUUAAAUGAACUAAACAGAAAAGGAAAAACAUAUCAAGAAGUGAAAAGUGAGCCUUGCGUCAGUGUUGGCUCAGGUGGUGAACAUAUGUGCUGGGCAUCUAUGCAGAGCCACCGUGUUAGACUGCAUGGCUGGGCUAAUACCUGUUGGAAAAUAAAUGACACUUUUUAGCCUUGAUCUACACAUCUGUAGGAAUAUUUACAUAAAUAUGCGCACACCUGGCAUGAAGAUUUAAGGGAUACAACUACACAGCCAGAGCAGCGGGCCUUAGCAUUAAAACAUAUAAUAUGCCACAGUAAGGAUUUGUGCCUCCCUUGCAGAUAGAACUUCCAAGAUCCUUUUAUAAUAGCCAAGAAAAUUUAAUCCAAAUCAAUUGACUCAAUACAUUGCGCCUUGGCAGUGGGCUAACAAUAAGCUAAACAUUGUGCACAAAUAAUAUAUAUAGAUAUAUAUAUAUUUCUGCAUAGGUAUUUUGACUUUGUGCAGGGCAGAAAGUUGUGUAGGUAUGACUGUUCAACUUUUCAGUUUAGUUUCUUUUUUGUUUUACUUUUAUUUCUUUGUUUUAUUUCUCUAGAUUUACUCAAAGCAAAACAGCCUUCUAUCUUGCCUUGUCUUAAUGCUUUAAAAUAACCAAACUGGAGAUCUAACUACCAAACUGUUCAUUAUAUAAUUAAAUACCAACUUAUUGGUUCCAAUAUUGUGUCUUUAAUUUUAGCUGAAUGGUUCCUGUAUCCUUGUGCUUUUUAAAGAGCCGUUUUUAUGUUUUUGGUGCAAAAGUUGUCUCGUGUCUCUUCCCUUAAUUAGAGAACAUGCUAUAGGUAUGUUUGUAAGUAUUUUUGUUUAGGAAAAAAAUGUUCAUGCUCUUCAUUUUAUUUAUUAUACUAGGUAAAAGAAAGUUGUACUUCAUCACCCCAUGUAAACAUGCUCAUGAAGUUGAAAGUAAUUAAGAUUUGAUACACUGAUAUCAAUUUAUUUAUGUAACUAAAUCACUGUUUUAUAAACUUGUUAAUGAUCAACAAUUUUUUUGUUUUGAUUAAAAUUAGUUUUUUGAAACUUGA